AUGGCAACCUGCAGCUCGACGGCACCAGAGGGGGCUCCAGUGUGUCUCUCCCAACCGUCAGUUCCGGUGUUCACCGGGCAGGAGUACGGGCGGUGGAAUGUCAGGAUGAAAACCGUAUUCAGGUCCCAGGAGCUGUGGGACUUGGUGGAGAAUGGUGUGACGGAGUCGAAGGACGAGGCGGUCGAGAGGGAAAACCGGAAGCGAGAUGCGAAGGCGCUGUGCUUGAUCCAGCAAGCGGUGGACGGGCCAAAUCUCGACCGGAUAGCUGAGGCCAAAUCGGCGCACGAUGCUUGGGAGAUUUUGAGGAAGCACUGCCUGGGAACGUCCAAAGUACUGUCAGUGAGGAUCCAAGCCCUCCGACAGGACUUUGAGACAUUACAAAUGGGCGACGACGAGGGUGUUCAGGCUUACAUCUCGAGGGUCAUCACGAUCACUAACCAGAUUAAAGCUCUAGGGCACAAGCUCAAGGAGCCAGAGGUUGUCUCCAAGGUGCUGCAGAGUCUGGCGCCGAAGUUCGACUGGGUUGCUGUCGCGAUUGAAGAGUCGAAGGAGAUCGCGAAGCUCACUCUGGAUGAUCUCUGUGGAACGCUGCAAGCUCAUGAGGUGAGGGUGAAUCGAGCUGCGGGAAAAAUCGUAGAGAAAGCCCUCACGUCAAGACCGAGCACUCAAUCUCAAACCACAACAAAGGUGGGAGGCUCGGGAGCUCAUGGGGGAGCUGGCCGGGGUCGUGGGGAGAUCAUUCGUGACGCUGGAGAGGUCGAGGCCGAGGCGGACGAGGAAGGGGCUUCGAUAAUAAAAGUCACAUCCAGUGUUAUCACUGCAAGAAAUUCGGCCACGUAA